CAGAAAGUCUCAUGGUUAUUUGCGGUCAGGCGUGAGGACCUCCACUAGACAGAGCGAAUGCCUCAGCUGCGACUCUACUGGUACUCUCUGCUACUCUUGUUGAUAACAACUUGCUCAACGACAACAGCCGAAACGGCUGCCCAUCGUCAAGAUGGCCGCGACCAUAAGAAACGUUGAUAGCGCAGGGCCCCGAGCAGUCUUCGUCUCCGACGUCAAGUCGGGCCCACUAUUAACGACAGCCGAAUGGAGGAAACUUUUAGGCCGAAGCCGGAAGCGAGGCACUCUCCUCCGUAUACAUAAUGAAGCCAUACCGAAGACGCAUUCUAUUGCGGCCCGGCACCGCGCCGUAUACUUUACAUGCGUGUGCUUUAGUAAAGAGAUGGCGCCGCUGUCAGAGUCGCAGUCGGCGGCCGGGCCCUCGCUACAGUUUGUUCUGGCCGCUCUGGAUCAACGAGGGAGCAUCUAUGCAUUUGAUGUCAUGAGAAACAAGUUCUGGCUGAUUGGUCGCUCGGGGAUUUCCGGAUCGUGCUUAGUCUUCAACCCAGUGAGAAGGAGGGAGUUGAUUGUCGGGCUCUCCGAUAACUCCAUCCUGUGCUACAACAUCGACACUUGCCAGCUCAUAUGCAAGCUACCCGUCCAUCACACCUCCCCAACAACGUCACUCUCACCACACCCAACCCUUCCCUUACUCAUAUCAAGCAGCGAAAGCGAAUCCAUACUCUGGGACUCCGAAACGUGGACACGGAAACGCCUUCUAGUAGGAGCCAAUAGCGGUAUCAGACAUGCCUGCUUUUCGGCGACAGGAUCCUCUAUCAUCACCGCUUUCGCAGACGCCACGAUCAUCUUGUGGGACCCUGAUACAUUUCUGGUCCAAUGGAAUAUCAAUCUUGGCACGCUUUUGGGGAAAGACAUCGCUGCGGAAUCUCAACAAAGGUCAUCAUUGGCGGUCUCGAGCAACGGCGAGCUGAUGGCGUACGCGCCGUUUCCUGGGAAGGUGUAUGUGUGGCAUCUGGUAGAACGAAGGCUACUGCAUGAGAUCACGGUCCCGACUUUGGCCGAAGACGGUGUGGUGCAAAUGGCCUUUCUGGGAGCUUCUAAUAUAGUCGGAAUGUUGUCCGACUCUGGGGAGUUAAUCUUCGUCGAUGUUGCGGAAGCUAAAUUUGUUGGUCAGCUAUCGGGAGGGAAUAAGUUCCAGGGGUUCGCCCCUUCACCCGAUGGACGGAUUUUGUCCGCCAUACUGCGCGAAUCGAGGCAUAUCAUCAACCUUGUCGGUAUUGAUGAAAUCCUGACCGAGGAAGCCGACCAGGUUACGGUUGACGUGUCUUUGCAGCAACAUGCUCAACAACCGACCAAUCCCGCACAUGUCUUACAAGAUGGAAAAAUUCCAAAGAAGCAAGCCCUGCAUGAUCUGUUGGAGCACAAGGAGAGCCCCUUGACCUUGACUCGACCCCGUCUGCUCAAAUGUCUGCAUCACUACACCUCCUACCCACCGCAAUACCGCUCCCUCAUCUGGCGCAUCCUCCUCCGCCUUCCCGAAAAUCGACUUGCGUACGAGGCUCUCCUCAACCAGGGUCCACAUAUCGUUUCGAAGAAUUUCAGACAACAGUUUCCGAUUAAGAGCGAUAGAGUAGCUACGAGCGUUGAGCGGGUGCUCUCGGCUCUGGCGUUCUGGUCUCCGGUCUUUCAGGGCAUGGAGAACCUGCCCGCUAUGGUGUUCCCAUUUGUAAAGGCGUUUCUGGGGGACUUGUUCAUGGCCUUUGAGGUGAUAUUGACUGUUUUGUUAAACUGGUGCCAGAAGUGGUGGGAGUACUAUCCACACCCGCCAAUAGAGUGCCUGGUUAUGAUUGAGGAUUUGCUUCGUUUUCACGAUGGGGCUCUUCUGGAUCAUUUCACCCGGCACGAAGUGACGAGUCAGGGGUAUGCAUGGACGAUCUUGCGCUCGCUUUUUUCGUCUAUACUUUCCACGCCAGACUGGCUUACGCUCUGGGACCAUUUCGUAUCGAAUCCACCGGAAUUUAUGUACUUUUUUCUCAUCGCCUACUUGAAGGCGCAUCGCAUCGGACUUCUCGCUCUCACAAAGAAGGAGGACUUCGAGUUCUUCUUUACGCAUCAAAUGCCGACGUGGCCACUAUCCACUAUCCUGACAUCCGCCUAUAAACUGGGUCCACAUACCCCAUCCUCUUUGCGCCCAAAGACGUAUAUCAAACCCUUCGCACCGCUACCCAAAGGCGACUACCCUAUCUAUAACGCGUACCCAAGCUUCAUCGUCAACUACCAGAGUCGGCUCUUGGAGAGGAUCAAGCAGGAGGAGGCGGAGAAAGGGAAAGGGCGGUGGCGAAGCGGCGGUAGUGUCCGGGCCGCUGGCAUCGGGACGGAGGAGCGAAAGUUGGAAGAUAGAGAGGAUGCGAUGAACGAAAUGGUCGAAGAUUGGUGGGGAGGAGCAUUGAGGGAUGCCGGAAAGGGUACCGCAAGGGGACUGAAAACGCAUUUGGGGACAAGCAAUCGCCAGGCACCGCAGAAGAGCGGGUCGGGGGUGGGAGACAAGGCGCAGACGCAGAAAUUUAUCCAUUCGCAGAUGGUCAACACUCGCAAGCAUUACGAGAAUCUAGCGAAAGUCCUUGGGACGCAUAUUACGGAUGCCGACGCCGAGGCGCGUCGCCAGGAGGACCAGGGACGACAGGGGACUGUAGCGGGUGAGGAAGAGGAUUCCGUACAAGAACAAGACGAAUGGGCGCGCAUGGCGGCUGAGAUGCGGGACAUCCGCUUCAACGUUCUGCGCUCGCCCGAGCUUGGGAGUUCCUCGGGUGGACGGACUGGUGGAGGGACAGCGGAGGUGGAGGAGUUCCAUGUGGGAUGGAGCCCUACGCGCCCUCCACCUACCGAAAGCGAGAGCUCUGAGGUUCGACAGGUUCGCAGCCAGAAGGGCAAGGAGAGAGCGUUCUGAUGAAGAGAGAGAAUCGCGGACGGCCUGCACGCCUCUGACGGGCUGGGGCAUAUAUGCGUUCUUGUACUUUGGAGCCUCUGAAGGUGCAUUUCUGCACACUUUAACCGGUAUCAUGGCCUGUAUAUGUACAUAUUCAGCCUCGAAGGUCGGAUGCAUAGGCCCAUACGUAUCUCAGCUAUUUACUUCAUUGCCAUCAAUCCUCGGCUCAAAUAGUCCCCUGUGCUUCUGCGGCAGCCGUAAGCCUAUAGUAGGGAAUGCACU